GCCCAGCGGCGAUGGGGGCGCUGCUGGCGCUCUGCCUCCUCCUGGGCUGGCUGCGCUGGGGUCCGGCGGGGGCACAGCAGUCCGGAGAGUACUGCCACGGCUGGGUGGACGUGCAGGGCAACUACCACGAGGGCUUCCAGUGCCCGGAGGACUUCGACACGCUGGACGCCACCAUCUGCUGCGGCUCCUGCGCGCUGCGCUACUGCUGCGCAGCGGCCGACGCCCGGCUAGAGCAGGGCGGCUGCACCAACGACCGCAGCGAGCUGGAGCACCCGGGCAUCACGGCGCAGCCUGUCUACGUUCCCUUCCUGAUCGUCGGCUCCAUCUUCAUUGCCUUCAUCAUCCUGGGCUCUUUGGUGGCUAUUUAUUGCUGUACCUGCUUGAGACCCAAGGAGCCCUCGCAGCAGCCAAUCCGCUUCUCACUCCGCAGCUAUCAGACAGAGACCCUGCCCAUGAUCUUGACCUCCACCAGCCUCAGGGCACCUUCCAGACAGUCCAGCACGGCCACCAGCUCCAGCUCCACAGGGGGCUCCAUCCGCAGGUUCUCCUUUGCCAGGGCAGAGCCAGGCUGCUUGGUGCCCUCGCCACCCCCGCCUUACACCACAGGCCACCCAAUCCACCUGACCCAGCCAUCUGGUUUCCUGGUGUCACCCCAGUACUUCACUUACCCGCUGCAGCAGGAGCCCCCGCUGCCUGGGAAGAGCUGUCCGGACUUCAGUUCCAGUUGACAGGCCACGGUUAUAGGUCCACCACGUAGUACAAUGGCAGACAGGUGGAGGGCUGCUGGCAUUGCCACAAGGAUUUCUGAGGAAAGUUCCUUGAACCCGGCAACGUCAUGGAGGAAAGUGCUGGAAAAUACAGCACCUUGUAGUCUUAAAGUUCCUGGCUCCACAGAAUGGCUGUUAGAUAAUUGCUUUCUGGCCUGGAAAACAUGGUGAUCAUUAUAUUUCAACUUAUGGUACUUUUAUUAAAAAUAUGCAGCACUUCGACUUUCAAGUUACAAACUGGCUGAAGAUGUUUUAUUGGACAACUCCACUCUACUGCUUAGAAAAGGGCUACGUGUUCUUUUUUUCAUUAUAAGUUGUUUAGUGAGUUAUAAUACAAGUAGAUACAUAAAUAAGCAAAGAAAAAUACCUGAUUGUCAUUAUCGAAGGUUCACUUAAAAAAUUAACUACUAAGUGAACUGAGGGGACGGUGAACAACCUAUUUAUGAUUUUGGGGACAACCUAACCAUGAAUAAUAUUAGCUUCAAGAGAACAGGUACUUUUUAAAUUAAUAACUAAAUUUCGUUUAAAAUAUAAGAGGAUUUUCAGAAUACAAGGUUUCAGUAACCACAUGAGGAGUUGAAAGUUUUACGUAUUUACUCAGAUGUCCAUUGUGACACAGAUCUCGUGAAAACAUUUCCCUGUCCGCCCAAGGGAAUAUUUAUUGCAGACUUUUGUCCAGCAACGUUUAGUGUUUAAAUGAAAGUUGGACAUUUAAAAACAUUUGUUUGUAAAAUGAGUUAUGUACAGAUGUAAAGAUUUGUAAUUUAAUGUAUUUACCACAUGACGGUACUAAUUAUUUAGUAGUUACACUGUAAUUUUUAUGUUGAUAAUAACUGUGGAGUUUAAAAUCCAGCUCUUGGUUAUAAGCACCUAAUAUUACAUAUUUUAAGUGCCACUGAAUUCCAUGUCUGAUGACUACAUAUUUGGGCAUAUAUCCUGCUGGGUUAGAAUAAAUAAAAUACUUAUGUUUUCGUGAAAUCUAUUUGAAAUUUUAGAUCACAGCACUUCAUUUUAUCUCUUUAAUGAUACUAUUUGCUAUUCAAUAAAAGGCAAUGUCUUUACUUAAUGCUUUAUAUUUUGAAGUGAAGAAAAAUCCUAUGUUGAUUUUGAAUUACGUUAACAAGCUAUGUUUUGCAUUGCGGCUCAUGAAAGCAGCAAAGGAAGUGAAUUUUUCUAGAAGUGU